UACCGACGAAAGAAAUUGUAUCGACGCAUUGUUGUGCAGUCGCAAGUCAUGUGAUUUGCGGGAUUGAAAUGUUUGCUGACGGGCCGUAGGUGUCAACUGUCAGUGUACAGUUAGCCGCAGGUGUUUUUUAGCUGUUACAACGUUGUGAAAAUAGAUUUAUCCUUUGUGACGAUUUGGACGGUGAAUGUGGAAAACGAAAUACUACUUCACUUGUGAAAUAUAUGGGCAUAAACUGCUAGUCUGUUUUUCUCUACGUAAAAUGCAUUAAAGCAAAUGAAAGCCCAACGAUGAUGCUGAAACCUCAAUGAAACAUCUCUGGGUGAUAGCACAAAAAGAAACAAUUGUGUUUUGCUCAAGGAUGGUUCUACUCAAGCAUUCAUUUUUCUCUGGAGGGAAAGUUUUAACUUUGAGAGCUACAAUGGCUUCACGAAAUCGACCAAUAUCUGACAUGGCAGCCUUUAAGGAUGUGCUCAGAAAAUCAAAAAACUGUGUUGUGUUAUCUGGAGCAGGUGUAUCUGCAGAAUCAGGUAUACCAACCUUCAGGGGAUCUGGAGGAUUCUGGAGAAAGUAUCAAGCACAAAACUUAGCCACACCUGAAGCUUUCCAGAGAGAUCCUUCUCUUGUGUGGGAGUUUUAUCAUUAUAGAAGAGAACUUGUGAUGACAAGAAAACCAAACAAGGCUCAUUUUGCCAUAGCAGAUUGCCAAAAGAGAUUCAGAGAUCAAGGGAAAUCAUUUACAAUAAUUACACAAAAUAUUGAUGGGCUGCAUCAACAAGCUGGUGCUGAAGAUGUUAUAGAGCUGCAUGGUUCACUUUUCAAAACAAGGUGCACCAAAUGCCAUGAAGUGUUAGAGAACAGAGUCAGCCCGAUAUGUCCAUCGCUGGCUGGAAAAGGGGCUCCAGACCCAGGUGCAGUCUCAGCAGACAUUCCUGUCUCUGAAUUGCCACACUGCAAAUCAAAUGGCUGUGGAGGACUUCUGCGACCUCAUGUUGUCUGGUUUGGGGAGGGGUUAGAUCCUGAAGUCUUGGUACAAGCUGGCUUACAUUUGGAUUCUUGUGACCUGUGUUUAGUAGUGGGUACAUCUUCUGUUGUGUAUCCGGCAGCAAUGUUUGCUCCUCAGGUAGCAGCCAGAGGUGUACCUGUGGCAGAAUUCAACCUAGAGGAAACUCCUGCCACAAAUGAAUUUCAAUUUCAUUUUGAAGGUCCAUGUGGAUCAACUGUUCCAGAAGCACUGUCAGUGUAGUAUUACUGAAACAUUUAUGUUCUAUAUCUGGACUUAAAUCAAAUGUAAUAGUAUUCUGAUGAGAAUGACAAACUGUUGAAAAAAAAAUGUAUAUAUUUGAAAUGUUGUGUUACCUGAGUGAUAAAUGUUUUUAAAAAAUCA